AUGCUACGAACGCGCGGUUUUCAGUACAACCCAUUGUUGAGGACAGGUAUUAUUUUAUUGCUGAUGAUAUGGGCCCAGCUCUGCUCAGCUUUUCAGGAAGCAGACAAAACAAGUCUUGGAGCGAGACCUACGCAGGGGCUGGCGACGAAGAUAUCUUGCAGCCCAGCGAGCUACGUUCCCACAUGCAAAAUUGAGAGAUAUUGCGUCAGGCAUGAUACUUCAAAUGGGUGUGCAACAAAGGAACAAGCAUGUUCACGAAAUGAGCCACAUCGUAACAGACUGCAACAGGUGGAAGAUAGAGUCCAACAUUCAAGGGGCUUCACAAACAGCAUGUGGUAUAAUCUUUUGCGACAAAGACAGGAAAAGGUCAGUGUUGUGGACACGCGAGUUGAUUGCAACUCUGAGUGCGAACAGAAAGACGCCCGAGUCUGCUUGGCAUAUGAGUAUCGCAAAGUGUGUCUCAUUUGCUCCUGCAUACGCUCCUAUUCGGAAAUGAAGGACGCUGCUCAAAGGUACCCGGAGUAUAUUGGGAAGCAAGAUCAAGGCCUCGGGAUGCAAAGCACACUAAAUGCGGGUACGAAGUACGAAAUUUUUGAGAAUCGUUUCCAGCAUCGCUACAGAUGCCUCUGGGUGCCUACAAACCAGGACGCAAUCACGUCAUCAAGAGGAAUACUUCGGGCCAUGAAUUCUCGACUUUCCUGGAUUAAGGCAAGAUUGCAGAAGACUGGCAUCCGCGAUGCAGCACAAGUACCCGCUGUGUCCCAAACGGAGCGUGAACAAAGUCAGUGGCUGCCAACUGAGCCCGUUGGGAGACGUGCGCCGGGGGGCGCCUUGCCUUCUAUGCCGAAUACCAUUAUCAGCUUGGUGGGAACACCAUCGCUCUCUUUGUCACCAACACCACCGUCACCAUCAGCUACUUUGGUUCCGACGACGCCAACGAUGCUACCGACGCCAACAACAACGGGGAUAUCAACGGUUUUACCGAGCACCAUGGAACCUCUACCAUCACCUUCCACCGCGACAACAUCUGCGAUGCCAACUCCGAUGAUGCCAUCGCCAUCAACGUCAACCUCCACAUCAUCAGCUACGCCACACACAUAUAUGCCGUCACCAUCACCUUCGGCAUCGACCAUGACGCCUCCGUGGACGGCAACUGCAACAUCGAGCUGCUCCCAUACCAAGACUCAUUCUCAUUGGACCGGGACGAUGACUGCGCCAAACCCGCCUCCACCGACAUACAUGCCAUCCACCCAGUACCCUCCAGGGUGCUACACUGGCCCUCCGACCGUUAUGUGCACAUGUGUGUGCUCAUGUCCGACAGCAGCACCACCCUCGAUGCCGUCAACGAUGUCACCGACAUUCACCGCAUCCGCGUUACCCUCUGUUUCUCAAUCCUCAGCUACAGGUUCUAUUACAACAACAACAGCAUCAGCUUCCCCAUCAACGACCCUGUCUGGACCCGUGAGUAGAACACCAUUCCCGUCAAUCAUCGUGACAUUCAUGUUCCGUUGA